ACCAUGGGCUUAGUCCAACCACUCCUAUAAUAAAAUUUGGUAGCCUAAUAUUUAUAAAGUCACCUAUUAUCAUAUCUCCCACACAAACAUAAUCUUUUUUUCAUCUCUAUCUCUUUUCUUGAUACAAAUCAAAAAUUUUCCAAUCAUGAUAAGCAAAAGACCUCGUCCCAUGAUCGGAAAGCUCUCUGAAUUAUUGGUUGCCGGCAACCGUGCCGGGUUUUCGGACAUGGUCACGAGUCCUAGAGGUCCAUUGGAGCUGAAUUAUAAGUUGCAAUCACCUAGAGGUUUAAAGAACUAUGACCUUGGUGGGGUUGGAUUGGGUAUUGUUGCUGCUCUUGAGAAGUCUAGGGAAGGUUGUGGACGUGAAAUUUUGGCCAAAUAUGCUGUUGCCACUUCCAAUUUGAACCGAUCAAGUCCUAUUCCAGUUGAUUCUAGCAAAAGGACCAGUACUUGUGAUAGGUAUAGUAAUAAAGGUUGUGAGGAACUACUUCAAGGCGAUAAUUGUGAGGAAGAUUAUACUUACGUGACUUGUCAUGGCCAAGGCAAGUCCAUAACUAGGGUGUUUUAUGAGGAAGAUGAUUGUAGAACAAGUGGGCAUCAAAGAAAUGGUCUCCAAAGAUGUAAUAAACUCAGUGCUGUUACUGUUAAGGAAUCGAGGCCAAGAUACGAGGAAGAUUUUUCACCGUACCCAACUUCAUAUUUUCUCAGUUCAUGUCACUUGUGCGGGAAAAAACUCCAUGGCAAAGACAUAUACAUGUAUAGAGGAGAGAAAGCAUUUUGUAGCCCGGAGUGUCGGUCAAGGCAAAUAAUGAUGGACGAGAGAAAAGAACAACAGUGCAGAUCAGAAGCACCAAGAUCUGCAGACGUUUCAAGUUCAUCAUACACAAGAGGCCAAAUUUUCUUAACUGGGAUCGUAGCAAUUUAGCUUUUUUGGCCAAAACAAAGAUGACCACACACCAAAAUCAGUGGUGGUCAUGACCCAGAUGCAUGGUGAUAAACAGUCCUAGAGUAUAUGUAUAUACAAUAUACGGCUAUUAUAUACAUACGAGAGUUAAUCAGAUUAUUGUUGGGAUGGGAAUUAAGGAUGAAGGAAAUAUAUUUUUGAUA